UUAUUAUAAUACACUUACGAUGGAAGUGUAGUAUACAUUGAGUAACCUAAACAAAUUAUUGCCACAAAACAAUAGCUUGUUUACUAAAAGGAUAUUCUUUUCGAUCAACAAAACAACUACAUGUAUAACAAAGAAUGCAUGAUGAAACAAUUUUUAUGAAAUCACCCAGCUGAAAUAUGUCAUGAACCAGCUGAAACAGUCCCUAGCUUCCACUCUUAAAAUUGGCCUGCAACAACACCAAACUCAGCUUCUCAUCAUUCAAUUCCUCCGAUUCCUAAACAUUCCAUAUGCCCACAACCUCUUCGAUCUCCUUCCAAAUAAAACUGUCUUCCUCUACAACAAGCUCAUCCAAGCUUACUCCUCAGUUAACCAAUCCCAUCAAUGCCUCACUCUCUACUCCCAAAUGUGCUUCAACAACUGUUCCCCCAACCAGCAUUCUUUCAUCUUCCUUUUCCCUGCCUGUGCUUCACUUUCCUCCCUUUCCCAUGGCCAGAUCCUUCAUACCCAUCUUCUCAAAUCUGGGUUUGGUCUUGAUUGUUAUGCUUUAACCGCUUUGCUCGAUAUGUAUGCAAAACUUCGUGUGUUAAAGUUUGCUCGGCAAGUGUUUGAUGAAAUGCGUGUCAGAAAUGUGCCUACUUGGAACGCUUUGAUUUCUGGGUAUUCUAGGUGUGGGGAUAUGAAGGAAGCUUUGGAAUUGUUUAAAUCAAUGCCUGAGAAGAAUGUGGUUUCUUGGACAUCGAUGAUAUCGGGUUACUCGCAGAACGGGCAGUUUUCGAGUGCGUUAGAUAUGUUUUUAAGGAUGGAGAAAGAGAGUGGAGUUAAACCGAAUCGAGUGACCAUUGCUAGUGUGCUUCCUGCUUGUGCAAGUCUCGGAGCAUUGGAGAUUGGAGAAAGGAUUGAAGCUUAUGCAAGAGAGAAUGGUUUGUUUGAGGAUUUGUAUGUUAGCAAUACUAUCCUCGAAAUGCAUGCGAGGAGCGGUAAAAUCGAAGUAGCGAAAAGGGUGUUUGAUGAGAUCGGGAAGAGGAGAAAUUCGUGCUCUUGGAAUUCAAUGAUCAUGGCUUUAGCCCUUCAUGGAAAAUCAAUCGAAGCUCUCGAGCAUUACGAGCAAAUGCUGCAUGAAGGAACUGCACCGGACAAUGUCACAUUCGUGGGAGUUCUCUUAGCAUGCACGCAUGGAGGAUUGGUUACAAAAGGACGAGAACUUUUCGAAUCAAUGGCGAAAAACUACAACAUCAAUCCUAAAUUGGAGCAUUUUGGAUGCAUGGUAGACCUCCUAGGUCGAGCCGGAGCAUUGCAAGAAGCUUACGAUCUUAUAAAAACCAUGCCUAUGAAGCCCGAUGCUGUGGUUUGGGGAGCUCUUUUAGGAGCUUGCAGCUUCCAUAAAAAUGUCGAACUCGCAGAAAAAGCAGCUCAGCCUCUCUUUCUGCUCGAACCAUGGAAUGCAGGAAACUGCGUUAUUCUUUCUAAUAUAUAUGCAUCGAGGGGGCAGUGGGACGGUGUUGCAAAGCUAAGGAAGAUGAUGAAAGGUGGCCACAUUACAAAGGCAGCUGGAUAUAGCUUCAUUGAAGAGGGAGGUGAAAUGCAUAAGUUUCUCGUGGAGGAUAAAUCGCAUCCGAGAUGUGAUGAAAUAUACGAAACCUUACAUCGGAUCUCGAUAGUGAUGAAGCUACAAAACAAAUUAAUUGACUUUGAGUCCGAGCUUACAGUUUGAACUAUACAGUAAAAGGCCACAAAGGGAUAUUCCAUUAAUCGAACAAUAAAGAUGCGUCCGCAAUUACAGAGUCAUGUAGGCUGGCUGGGUAAUAUAAGCCAAACCGAACCUCGUUUAUGUUAUCUAGGUUGGCCAAUCUAUUUGCCGAUCUAGGUACAAAAACAAAGUCCAAAUAAUCAAAGUAUCGAGCAAAAGAACGGGCCUCGGAAAUUAAAUAGCACCCUUGUCGCUCGACCGCCCAUCACCAUGCCGUCUGCAUCUCGAGCCAUGACUCCCAAGCCUGCGACUUGCUCAUCUACAUCCAUAGCAGCAUCGGCAUUUACCAUAAAUUAGCGCUCCGAAGGUGGGUACCAUCUUACCAUCCACAAUUGCCUAGGUGGAAUUGAGUAGGUUGGGUUGAUUUCAAUUCAGAUUAAUAUGUGUUAGGUAAAUUUAGAUUCUAAAUUUUUUUUUGUAUAAUUUCGGGUUUGAAUCAUUUAAUGUUUAAUUUGGUUCAUGCCAUUCAGGUUAGUUGGUCGGGUUCUUUUGGCCCAAACAUUUCAAGUUGCUUAAUUCCGGUUUGGAACUUGAGUUCGGGUUAAUAGUUCAAAAUAUUUUAGUUUUUGCUCA